AUGGUGCGGCGCAUCAGCGGUGCUGCCCGCGCAGAUGCGCCUGCCGCAGCCUCGCCGACGAGCGAGGCACGGCCAAACGGCUCGGGCUCGCAGCCCUCUGCUGCGCCCGACGCUACGAGCUCGCGAGCGGCGAGCAACCACUCCGGCCGGGGCGCAGAGGCAGCCGAUGCGGCGGACGUCUCUCCAACGGCCGAGGCAACGCCAGCGGCUGCGCACGCGCCAGGCACGGUGCACCGCAUCCGGCUCGUGCCGCACCUUGAGGCCACCCGCUCGCUGCAUUUCGAGCCCAUCGAGCGUGACGUGGCUGAGGGCGAGGCGUGCCUCGUCAAGAUGGGUCGCUUCACCGAUCGCACUGCCGCCGCUGCUGCACCGGCGAGCGAGAUGGGCAUGACAAACAGCGCGACAAUGGCCGACAGCAAGGUUGUCAGCCGCGGCCACGCCGAGCUGUGGUGCGAAAGCGGCGGCAAGUUCUUCAUCCGCGACACCAAGUCGUCGUCCGGCACGUUCCUGAACCACAUCCGCCUCUCGGCGCCCAAUGCCGAGAGCCGGCCGUUUGCCAUCAAGGAUGGCGACGUGAUCCAGCUGGGCGUGGAUUACCAGGGCGGCACGGAGGAGGUGUACCGCUGCGUGAAGAUGCGCGUUGAGCUCAACCGCGGCUGGCAGCGCGGCGCCAACCAGUUCAACGUGAAUGCGCUGCGACAGCUGAGAGCGCUGCAAGGCGGCCCGGCUGAGGGCUCAGCGUCGAAGGAGAAGGCGGAAGGCGGCGCGGUGCCCACCAACCUGCAGGCGAUGAGCGUGACUGACUGCUGCAUCUGUCUGUUCUCGGUCACCGUCUGCCAGUCGCUCUUCAUCGCGCCGUGCUCGCACGUCUUCCACUACAAGUGCAUUCGGCCGCUUCUGGCGAUGCACCACCCGGGCUUCUCAUGUCCGCUUUGCCGCACGUUCGCCGACCUCGAGGCGGACGUGGAG